CACAGCCGGGCAUAAAGAUCGCGUGCGCGUUUGCGUUGUCGUGACGAAAGGGAGCUGUUGGUUUCCUUUAAACGCAGCAGCUGAAGGGCUUCGCUUGCGGCAUUCAGAACCGCCGUUUUUUUUUUUUUUGCAAAGGAAUUUCCUGCGAAGCUCGUCGGAUGCGUCUUCGAAAGUCGCAUUGAUAGAGCUACGAUCUCGAGUGUGCUUAGAAACAGACAGAAGCUUGUGGCCUGAACUUGGUUCGAGGUUUGCGAAGGCGUCAUGGGAGCAAUGUGGAUGAUAUUGGUUCUGCUGGAAGCACUGGCGGUCUCGAACAUCUCCGCAAUGCCUGCCGCAGAUGAAGGCAGCGGGGGAGAAACGCUUCCAGAGUGCGGACCUGGCGAGGUGUUCAAGGAGUGCGAGAGCUCGUCUUGCGGGGAGCUCUCCUGCGCGCAGCCCGAACCGACGGACGAGUGCACGCGGGACUGCGCCUACCAGUGCUUCUGCGACCGCGGACUGUACAGGAACGGCCUGGGCAUUUGCGUGCCUCAAGCGCAGUGCGACAGAAGGGAGGAAGUGCGGCGAGGGCGAGGUGUACAAGGAAAACCAGAGCAGCAGCUGCGGUGAGCACAAAUGCGGUGACCCAGAAAACGGACCCAGACCCUGCACCCUGGACUUAGUGAGUCGCUGCUUCUGUAAGGACGGCUUCUACCGACGCUCGGACGAUAAGUGCGUGUCCAAGGGAGAGUGCCACUGAUGACUCUGCGCCGGACGAGCCUGUUCACACCGUCGGCAUGCGACUGCUGAAGAGUACCAAUAAAACUCACAAAGCGUAUGCAUUCGCCCAA